UAGUCAUUUAUUAUUAUUACUUGCAUUUUUUACAACUCUUAAAUGAGUCAUAUUUAUAAAAUAUGCACUUUCAAAUGCUAUAUACAGCACAUGUACAGCGUCGAGCAUAUGUCCCGAGGAAAAUAAAGACGUAGAAGUGCAAGAAACUAUAUUAUUUAUUAUUUAUAAUAUUAGUAUCGUUAAAAUUAGGAUUUUGAGAAUUUCUAUUUUCCCUGUAACAUCGUUUUCUCUAAAGAAGCUUUGCUCGAUGCUAUACGAAACAAAAGAGUGAAAUGACAUAACCUAACCUUUAGGUUUCAUUCCAUUUGCGUAAAUUAAAUGUGAACUAUAAAUCCCUUGAUAUUAAUAGUAAAUUCAGAAAUGUAUAAAAGUGUUCAAAUUCGGAAUUGACAUACCUUUUUGCAUUGUUUCAUACGAAAAGAAUUGUAGCUAUAUAUAGUUCCAUGAUUUUAACAAAGAAAGGCAAGGAUCGGAAUCGGAGUUUUUUAUAAGUUGGAUGAGUUGCACUGUUUGUUGCAAUUUUAAACACAAGUAUGCCGUUUGCUGCAAUGAAACAUAACAUUAGUACCUACGUUUAUAUUCGGUUCAUGAUGAAUCUAAAUAGUUAGCAGAGUGCACUGACCCAAGAAACGAAGAGAGAUGGUCACUGACCGUACCUAAGCGCGAUUCACUGUUUACAUCCAGUUUUACACAUCUCGAACUGUCAAGGUAAAGCACGGCGUCAACACUCCGUCGCCGUUAAGCUUCAGUGCACUACAGACGGAUCGUUCGUGUGAAAAUAAAUUACUUUCACAAAGUAAAGUGCCUUGAAGAAAUAAAAGAUAGUAUUAUUACGAGAAUAAUUGUCAAAGAUUUGAUUGCGCGAAAAUGUCGAGAGUAAACCAUACCGUAACAGGAAUGAACAAAGGCGAACAGGAAUUUUUGUUCGCGAACAAAGAAGCGCCUGGUAAUGAACACAGUAUUUCAAGGAUGGUUUCAAGCAUUACUGCUUCGCAAGAUGAAAAUUUUCGCGUGUCAAAGCAUGCAGAAAAUAGUCUUAGAGUUAUGGAGAAGUAUCUUCAUAAGCAACAAUUGACAGAUGUCAUAUUAAUUGCUGGAAGCAGACGUUUUCCAGCACAUCGUCUAGUACUUAGUGCAGGUUCAGAAUAUUUUGCUGCGAUGUUUACUAGUUCUUUAAGGGAAUCUGCACAAAAUGAAGUUGAAUUAAAAGAGGUAGAUGGGGAUGCAUUGUGGGCUUUGGUCUGUUAUUGUUAUACAGGUUGCAUAGAGUUAAGAGAGGAUAGUGUAGAAACUCUUUUAGCAACAGCACGGUUGCUACAAUUGAAUCCAGUUGUUAAGGCUUGUUGCCAAUUUCUUAGGAAACAACUCCAUCCAAGCAAUUGUUUAGGGAUAAGAAUGUUUGCUGACACACAGGGUUGUACAGAUUUGUUAGAUCAUGCUCAUGCAUAUACUACAAAACAUUUUAUGGAAGUUACAAAAAAUCAAGAAUUUUUACUACUCUCUGCUAGCGAAGUUGCCAAAUUAUUAGAGUCUGAAGAUCUUAAUGUACCUUCAGAAGAGACUAUUUUUCAUGCACUUAUGACUUGGCUGGAGCAUGAUCCAGAAAAUAGACGAAAAGAUGCAAGCAAACUAUUAAGUCUUGUAAAAUUACCUUUAUUAUCGCCCGCGUUUAUAGCGGAUAAUAUUGAAAGCAAUGAAAUGUUCAGAGAUCAAAGAAUGGCACAGGAAUUAGUAAUGGAAGCAUUAAAGUAUCACCUUCUACCCGAACGUAGGCCAUUACUCCAGUCGGAACGUACAAAGCCCAGGAAAGCCACUGUGGGUCAUAUGUUAGCUGUUGGAGGGAUGGAUGCCAAUAAGGGUGCUACUUCUAUAGAUGCAUUCUCUCUAAGAGAUAAUGUUUGGAAACCAAUAGCCAGUAUGAGCGGUAGGAGACUUCAGUUUGGUGCUGCUAUUGUUGAUAAGAAAUUGAUAGUUGCUGGUGGGAGAGAUGGAUUAAAAACGUUAAAUACUGUAGAAUGUUUCGAUUUUACAACUUUCAAUUGGAGUACAUUAUCUCCUAUGAAUGUGCAUCGGCAUGGGUUAGGUGUAGCUGUAUUAGGUGGACCUCUAUAUGCUGUUGGUGGUCACGAUGGUUGGAGUUUUCUUGAUACAGUAGAAAGGUGGGAUCCAGCUACGCGUCAGUGGAGCUCAGUUUCUCCUAUGUCCAUACAAAGGUCUACAGUUGGUGUUGCUGUAUUAAAUGAUAAAUUAUAUGCUGUAGGUGGAAGGGAUAUAAGUUCAUGUUUGAAUACAGUGGAGUGUUAUGAUCCACACACUAAUAAAUGGACUCCAUGUGCGCCUAUGUCAAAACGGAGAGGCGGAGUAGGCGUAGGUGUCGUAAAUGGAUGCCUUUAUGCACUGGGUGGACAUGAUGCACCUUCUACCAAUCCCAAUGCCAGCCGAUUCGAUUGUGUUGAAAGGUACGACCCCAAAACAGAUACAUGGACAAUGGUUGCACCAAUGAGUGCUCCAAGGGAUGUUGUUGGGGUUUGCGUACUGGGUGAUAGACUGAUGGCAGUGGGUGGCUAUGAUGGCCAGCAGUACCUCACGCUAGUCGAAGCAUACGAUCCUCAUCUUAACGAAUGGGAACCGGUCGCUCCUUUGAAAGCUGGUCGAGCAGGAUGUCCUUGUGUCGUUAUAAAAAAUUUAACCGAUUUCGGGUUUGACAAUUAAUGGUGCGAUGCGCACAUGC